AUGAAUUUUAUACAUCUGAGGAUUAUCAACAUACUUGUGUAUUGCUUAAUAUUUGUAUGCUUCAGGAGGGGCCCUCUGCCUUACACCUCGAUUCCAACUCCCCCUACAUCUAACAUUGAACAGAAUGGAGAUGCAUCUGGUCUAACAAGCAAUGUGGAUUCGUUAGUCGAGAAUAUACUAGAUGUUGUUCACUACCUGGAAGACAUGAACAAUUAUAUUAUCGAUUUUAAAAAGGAAUUACAGAACAAAUUUGAACAUUUAGUACAACAUGAUGCAAGUUUGUACGAGUCGUAUGAACAUAAUGAAAAUAUUUUGAAUCAAAUUUAUUCAUAUAAUGAAAAUAAAUUACGUAGAUAUUCUAAAUAUCUGGACAAUUUGAAAAAUGCAAAAUUAAAAGUGUUUAAUCACACUAUAAAUAACAUCCAAAGGGAUAAUAUAUACUAUGUCAAUUUUGUGUAUAAGAACCUUCUAUCCAAGAUUGAUUUGCUUAGUGAUUUGAACAAAAAGAAACUGGACAAAGAAAGACGAACUCAUUUGUGGGAAUUGAACAAGCACCUGGACACACUGAAAAAUAAAAUGCUUAAUAUGGAACAAGAAUUCAGUCAAGUGAUAAAAGACAAAUCAGAAAGAAUAAAAAAGAUAAAUGAGGAAAAUAUAAGUACAUUUGAAAGAUCGGCUAGAGAUUAUUUAUAUGGAAAGAGCAACUUGGAUACAUUUUGGAGUUACGUAAUAAAUGAUUUUCUAACAAAUGAAAAAAGAAUAAAUGUAUUGAAUUAUGAAAAUAAUUCAUUUUUUAAAAGUAAUUUUUUUUACCUCAAUUUUUUGUACAACUAUAUAAGAGAAAAAAAAGAUGAGAAAAUUAUGAACAUAUAUAUAUAUUUGAAGGAUCCACAAAUAAAGGAAUAUGAAUUAUCAUACCUGAAUUAUUAUGUAAUUGUGGAUCUUCACAUGAUCGAUGUUAUAAUAAAAAAUGUGGAAAUGUUAGCAAAAAAAAAAGGAAAAAAAAAAAAUGAUUUUAACAAUGUGUUGAUAUGCAUAGAUAACUACACUGCCAAAUAUAAUGUACUUUCGAGUAACCUAUAUUUAGAUAUGCAAGCUGACAUUAAGGAAUUUUUUUUAAAUGAAGAUGUCAACAAAAUUAAGGAUAAGAAAAUACAAGACAUACUAGCUUAUCUGAGGAAAAAAAAUGUGGAAAAUUAUGAAAAUACUAUAUUUACUGAAGAGUAUUACAAAAUAUUAACAAAUGGCAAUAGCGAGUCAGCCCAUGACAGGAGUGGUGAGGGGGAGGGGGACGAUGUUAUGUAUUCCAAAAAGAGGGAAAUGAAAAGUGACAACCUGGGCAGUAGUAGCAGCAGUAGCAGCAGUAGCAUGGAUCCCUCGAAGCAUUCCCAUGAUUCGCCCUACUACAUUAUGAAAAAAAACAUCUUCUUUGACUCUAGAAAUGAAUAUUAUAAAAAAAAAUUUAUGUCAUUUUAUACAUAUGAAGAAAUUUUCAAGAUUUUGUGCAAUGGAAAUAAGAACUGCAGGAGUAAUAUAUUGAAUUCGUUAGAUGAUGUAAACAAAAACACUUUCAUCUUGAAAUGUCACCUAGGGAUUAAAAAUGAGUUAAAGAAUUUUUUUCAAGUUAAUCAAAGCGAGUUAUUGAACAGAAGGAAAAAAAAAGAAGAGAAAAAAUCUGAGAAUUAUGUAAAAGAGUGGAACGUGAAGAAUGGCGUUUCAUCUCCUACUUCGGAUUUGAACCUUUGUAAUAACGCCCCGUUGAAUCGAAGUGAUGGAAAUGAUGGAAAUGAUGGAAGUGAUGGCAGUGAUGUUAGUGAUGGAAGUAGCAGCAGUGGAAACACUCUGCAGAAGAACAUUUCAACAAACACUUGCCCGGCUGAGAAAAAUAAUAUAUUUUUGAAUAACGAAAGGUGCUCUAUACAAGUGGGAAAUUUCUCAUGUAGCACAUACAAAGAAAGAAAUUUUAUCAACAUGAAUAAUGUGGAUGAUUACCUUAACACAUAUUACUUGUCCUACGAUGAAUCGUACAAAGUUGUGAAAAAAGAACAAUAUUAUUCUCUGGUGUCCCAUAUAUUUGAAAGUUAUUUGAACAGUGCAAAUUUUCCGGAUAUGGAAAAUAAGUAUCCAUAUCUUAGGAGUAGAAGUAACAUAUCCAUUAAUUACUUAGGAAUGCUACCUGAAAUUAUGAAGACAUACAAAACGUUUAAGUAUUGUGAUUCUUUGUAUGCCUUGGGAAGUACAUACAUUCGAAAGAAUGUCAAGAGGAAUAAAAAAAGUGACAUUAAUUAUGAUCUUGAUGAGGAAGAGGAUGUCGAUACAUGUGAUGAGGGCGAAAUUGAUUGUGAAAUGGAAGAAAAGAAAAAGGAUGAGAAGGUGGAAUCUGGGUCUGAAUCUGGGUCUGAAUCUGGGUCUGAAUCUGGGUCUGAAUCUGGGUCUAGAUCUGGAUCAGAUAAUAAAUCGCAGGAGCAAAUAGGAAUCCAUGGACAUGAUGAAAUAUCGAAUGAAAUGGGGUUUAUAAAAAAACAUAACCAAAAAUAUAUGAAAUUGUUUCAACAACAUGUAGAAGAAGAAAUAAAAUUUAUUAACUUUUUUGAAAUCCUCAUAAAAAAAAAAUUAUCUGUUAUAGUGGAAGAGAACGAAUUUUUAAAACUAUACAUUUUUUAUGGAAAGAAAAAAUUGCCCAAUUUACCAUACACAAAUUUAUUUUUUAAUUGCAGAACAAUAAUUAAAAUUGAAGUGUUGAGAGAUUUGAACACGAAACAGAUAAUUUAUUCGAGUAGGUCCUUUUUUCUUGAAACAUUAAUCACUUUGAAGGAAUAUAAAAUUAAAAACGAAAGUGCUUAUAUAAUUAUAGAAACGUCUGAUGAAACAAGUUCAAUUAAGAAGAGAUUGAAAAUGGAAAUGCUAUACAGAAUAUCUCCAAUGUCUCAUAUAAAUGCAUAUAUCAUUUCGAAUAAUGGUAGAGAGACUGUUUAUCAUAAGGGAAAUAUAUAUCAGCGGUCUGCGAAUGAUAUCAAAGAUGUUAUUAGUGACAUAAGAAAUGAUUUUUUAAAUAUAAUUCUUCCGCAAUAUAAUAUGUUCGAUAUCUUUGACAGUCAUAUAUAUAUUAUUAUUUGUUUGAAAAAUGAAAAUUGUUGA